AUGCAUCUGUGGCAGGCCACCGUUUCAUUCUGUCUUCUGGCAGCCACUGCAGUGCCUGGCGUCACCGCCACUGCUUGGAGCUUUACUGAUGCCACCGUGGCCGUUCAACCUAAAGGUGCUGGUAUCAAUGGAGGUUACAAGGACCAAUUCACCGCCUCAAAGCCCCUUGCCAAACCCGUUUCUCUCAUCGGCGCCGACACCUUACGUGUCACUCUGACAGCUCAAGAGGGAAGCUCUGCGAAGCGACCACACCAGGCAUUCCUCCUAUUGAAGGAUGGCCAGACUGGACUUGAUAUCUCUUACCCAUUCAGUGUCAAGGACAAUGGAAAGUCAAGGGUGGAAUUGACCCAGAAAGACCUCCCGAUUCAAUUCCUCUCCCUAUCCAAGCCGGUGGAUGCGCGCAUUGUUCUUGGUGGAUUCGGGGAUUCCGCGGCUCACGAUGGUUCUGCCUUCCAGCUGUCAAUUGACCGCAACCCCGAGGAAGCCGUCCCGACCGUCGAAACCGAGCGCUAUGGCAAGAAGGCAGAGAUCCACCACAUUUUCAAGGACUCUGCGUCCAGCCCCCCAAUCGUCAUCACUUUGGCCUUCGUGGCCAUGGUCGGUGCUGCUAUUCCGGUCCUUGCUGGCCUGUGGCUCCUUCUCGGCGCCAACGUCAGCCACCUCCCUACUGCAUUCCAAGCCGCCCCUCUCUCCCACGCUACCUUCCUCGGAUCAUUGAUUGCGUUUGAAGGAAUCCUGUUCCUUUACUACACCUCGUGGAGCCUGUUCGCCUUCCUUCCCGCGGCAGGAGUUAUCGGCACGAUCGCAUUCGUCAGCGGUAGCCGCGCGCUGGGUGAGGUUCAGGGCCGACGUCUCGCUGGUCGCCGUUAA